AUGGCGCCGGCGCCAACUACAGAGGAUUAUUACAUGGUCCUUGAAGUAGUACAAACUGCUACGCCCAAGCAAGUCAUCCAAUCUUAUAAACGGCUGGCGCUGAAGCUCCACCCGGAUCGGAAUGCCAAGCACGAUGCUACUGAAGCUUUUCAGCGGCUCGCAAGAGCCUACGAGACAUUGAAGGACGAAAGCAAACGCCGAGCCUACGACAGUAUCUACCCCUCCAUAACACGAAGUUGCCCAUCUCCUCAAACCACACAAACACCUCGUCCGUCUCCUGCUUCGACUCCGCAAUCAGGAGCGCUCAGCGAAGCAGCGCAAAUCGCCGCACUUCAAAGAUCGAAGCAAGAACGCGGUGCACGAUGGUGGACCAAGAAGAAUGUCCUCGACUCCUCGAUCUUCGAGCUGCAGAGAUAUAUUCGGCGGUUGGAGCAAGAAAUCAAGAAUUUGGAUAGUAUUGUAGCUGCUGAGGCGGCGGAAGAGGCACGGAAGAAUAGUUGGGGGACAUGGUUGUUGUCUCCAAUAUAUAAGAGGGCAGAAGAUAGCGAGCAGGAGAAAGCAUGCAAGGAUAGGGAGAGGCAGGAGAGAAGAAUUGAGAAAGAUAUGAAGGAGAGGCGACUGGAGUUAAAGAAGGCGGACUUGAAGAAAGAGGAAAGCCUGUUACAAAAGGCGAAAGAGGAGGUGGAUGCGGCCGAUCUAGUCGAUAAUAGGAAGAUGCGAGUAAUUCAAGAUAGGAUAUGGGCCAGAGAAAAUCGGGAGAGGCAAGAGAGGGAGAGGGUGGAGAGAGAGAGAAUAGCAAGGAUUUGGAAGCAGCAGCAGGAGCAGCGGGAGAAACUAGAGCGGGAGGCGGCAGAGGCGUUGAGAAAACAACAGGCUAAGGAGCGGGAAGCAGCAGAGGCUUUGAGAAAACAACAGGCUGAGGAGCGAGCAGCAGAGCAGAAACAAAGAGAGGAACAGGCCAGGAAAUGGCAGAAGAUUAUCGAUGAUGAAACCAAAGAAUGCCGGGAACAAUACGCACAUCUCAAUAUCCCAGAGUGCUUCUUUACAGCUGAGGGAAGCACUCACCAGGCUUCCAGAUCAACCUGCCGCCACGACGGCUGGUGGCCAAAAGUACAAGGUCGUACAGCGUGCCCGGAGUGCUAUGAGGCUUGGACUUAUCUGCUGCAGUGCCCGCGCUGUAAGAUGAAGGCGUGUCCGAGAUGUCAAGGUGCCAUACGGCCGAGGAUGCCGCGUAAUACGGCGAGGACGAGUCGAAGAGCCCCUCCGAGGGCGAGAACUCCGAGCCCGGGUUAUUUUUACAAUAACUACUAA